UCUCCGAAGUUUCAGAGGAAUCCUCCUUCGUGGAUUUCUUACCCGCUCCAGCUCCUGUGCGUCCGAAAGGAGCUCCCAUCCACCUUCCCCUUUCCUUUAGCACCCGAGGGCUUAAGGAUUGCGCACCCCGCUCCAACCCCAGCCCAGUCUUCUCCCCGCGCCCCCUCCCCGUCGUGCUGGCCAGCUCUGAGCUGCAUCCCUGGCACUGCCCCCUGCCCGCGCUCCCCCCAGCCGCCGACCCGGGCCCACCAGCCGCGCGGUUGCAGGCUGAGGGAAGACGCACUCGUCCGUGCUCCCUGCUCGCUCGGUGCACUCGGCGCGGUCCAGCCCUGGCCCCGGGUCCCCGCGCGCGAACCAUGGAGUAGGAGGGCAGCCCCGGGACGCGCUCUUGCAGCCCGCGAGGCCGGAGCCUGUCCGGGGUGGCCUCGCCAGCCCGCCGAGUUGCCCAGCGGCGGGCCCUCCUCCCGCCGGUCCUUCCCCGCUCCUCCUCCUCUGCCGCCGCCGCCCCCGCCUCCCGGCCGCCCCCGCCGCCCCCGCCGCGCCGCCGCCCCAGGCCGAGCGCGGGCGCGGAGCGUGGGAGCCAUGGCGCGCGAUGAGGAGAGGGACCCUGAGCGCCGGGAGGCGGCAGAGCGGGCGAGCGGCGAGGAGGAGGAGGAGGGGGGGGAGGAGGGACUGAGCGAUAGCGACGACGAGGGCGACGACGAGGAGACGGGCAGCGGCCAGGAGGAAGGAGAGGAGGAGGCGGCGGCCGGGUGGGAGCGCAGCGAGGAAGCGCUGCUGCUGCGCGCAGGGUUGCCUCCAGCCGCCGUCCCCGCCGCGGCCGCCCGCGAUAGGAGCGGCCGCCUCCUGCCGGGGCCGCCACCCGGCAGCCCGAGGAUGCAGCCGCCGGGCGACGAGGACCGCGCGCGCCGCCGCCGCCGCCGCCGCCGGAGGGACCUUCUGCUGAGCCAGCUCUGCUUCCUGGCCUCGGUGGCGCUGCUGCUCUGGUCGCUGUCGAGCCUGCGAGAGCAGAAGGAGCUUGACCUCAUGGACCUCAUAGGGGAAGACAGGAAAUGGAUGGUAGGAAGGAAGCUAAUGCAGGUGAACGAUACCCUGACUUCCGAAGAUACAGGAUUCCGGAGCAGCAAGAACUGCACUGAACCAGCCCUGCAUGAAUUUCCCAAUGACAUCUUCACCAAUGAGGAUAGAAGACAAGGAGCGGUGGUCCUCCACGUGCUCUGUGCCAUGUACAUGUUCUACGCACUGGCCAUUGUGUGUGAUGACUUCUUCGUCCCCUCCCUGGAAAAGAUCUGCGAGCGCCUUCACCUCAGCGAAGAUGUGGCAGGGGCCACAUUUAUGGCGGCAGGCAGCUCGGCCCCAGAGCUGUUCACAUCAGUCAUAGGGGUCUUCAUCACCAAGGGCGACGUAGGAGUUGGCACCAUCGUGGGCUCAGCCGUGUUCAAUAUCCUGUGCAUCAUUGGCGUCUGUGGGCUCUUUGCAGGGCAGGUUGUGGCUCUCUCCUCCUGGUGUCUGCUGAGGGACUCCAUCUACUACACGCUGUCUGUGGUCGCGCUCAUUGUGUUCAUUUAUGAUGAAAAAGUUUCUUGGUGGGAGUCUCUGGUCCUCGUGCUGAUGUACCUGAUCUACAUUGUCAUCAUGAAAUAUAAUGCCUGCAUACAUCAGUGCUUCGAAAGGAGGACAAAAGGUGCUGGGAACAUGGUCAAUGGAUUAGCCAACAACGCUGAAAUCGAUGACAGCAGCAACUGCGACGCAACCGUGGUGCUACUUAAGAAAGCCAAUUUCCAUCGCAAAGCGUCAGUGAUCAUGGUGGAUGAGUUGCUGUCGGCCUACCCGCACCAGCUUUCUUUCUCUGAGGCGGGCCUUCGAAUCAUGAUCACAAGCCACUUUCCCCCCAAGACCCGGCUCUCCAUGGCUAGUCGAAUGCUGAUCAAUGAGAGACAAAGACUGAUCAACAGCAGAGCUUACGCCAAUGGGGAGUCUGAGGUGGCCAUUAAAAUACCAAUUAAGCACACUGUGGAGAACGGAACAGGGCCCAGCAGUGCCCCAGACAGGGGCACGAACGGGACUCGAAGGGAUGAUGGUGUUGCUGAGGCUGGCAAUGAGACAGAGAAUGAAGAGGACAAUGAAAACAACGAGAAUGACGAGGAAGAAGAGGAGGAGGAGGAGGAGGAGGAAGGACCCUACACACCCUUCGAUCCCCCCUCUGGCAAACUGGAAACAGUGAAAUGGGCAUUUACCUGGCCACUGAGUUUCGUCUUAUACUUCACUGUCCCCAAUUGCAACAAACCCCGCUGGGAGAAGUGGUUUAUGGUGACAUUUGCUUCUUCCACAUUAUGGAUUGCAGCCUUCUCCUACAUGAUGGUGUGGAUGGUCACAAUCAUUGGCUACACUCUGGGGAUUCCUGACGUCAUCAUGGGGAUCACCUUCCUGGCUGCCGGAACCAGCGUGCCCGACUGCAUGGCCAGCCUUAUUGUGGCCAGACAAGGGAUGGGGGACAUGGCCGUGUCCAACUCCAUUGGGAGCAACGUGUUUGACAUCCUGAUUGGCCUGGGUCUUCCCUGGGCUCUGCAAACUCUGGCUGUGGAUUAUGGAUCCUAUAUUCGACUGAACAGCAGGGGGCUGAUCUACUCUGUGGGGUUGCUCCUGGCCUCUGUCUUUGUCACGGUGUUUGGGGUUCACCUGAACAAGUGGCAGCUGGACAAGAAGCUGGGCUGCGGCUGUCUCUUCCUGUACGGCGUGUUCCUGUGCUUCUCCAUCAUGACAGAGUUCAACGUGUUCACCUUUGUGAACUUACCCAUGUGUGGGGACCACUGACCCUCCGGGCCACCCUCAGAGGCCCAGUUCCUUCUUUUCUGUGCAAUACGAGACCUGGCCGCAUCCCCCGAGUCGUGCGGGCCCUCAAGGGCCGCGGCGUCCGUCUCUCCUGUGCUGUCCACAGGCCUCCAUUCCUGCCCUGGUGGCCCAGGCUCUCUCUGCCACCUCCUUCACUCCCCCACCUCCUUGCUCCUUCGUCCCACCUGACCCCUCUCACCUGCCGACGCGCCCCUCCCUGCCUCUUCCAUCUGAAGACAUCUACUACCAUCCACGUGAAUUUUCAAGCUCCAUUUUUGAACCGUGACUGAGAUUCUAGAACAAAAACUGGCUGCUAACUGGCCCAAGCCAGGCACAACUUAUUUACAGUCCCUCCUCCUUUUUUAAGUUAUUUGAUGGAAGACUACCCUAAUUUAUGACCUAAGACUGUUGAAGAAAUAGAGGAGAGGGUCCAUUGAUGACAAGGAGUGUCUGGGGUUGUGUUUUGUUUGGAGGUAAUUCCUAGGUUACUGGGCUGGAGGGGUGUUUUAUUUGGGGGAUGGCUCCCCCUUUGAUUACUUUUCUUCCAGAGAUGGAGGACAUCCCUUGCGUCUUCUUUCACUGGGCCCUGGAUAGUGGAUGAUCCAUAGGUUGUACUGCUGUGUCCUCUGGGAGUGAAUCCCAGGCACACUGAAGUAUGCAUGGAUUUAGUGCUUAGUCAAGGAACUGCUGGGUAAGGCCACAGAGAACAGACGUGUGACAUUUUCUGCCCAAGGAUGCUUUGCUAAAUCCUGUGGGUGUCACCUGGGGGGAGGGGGUGCAAGGUGUUGGAGGAAGAAAACUGCUUCCCACAUGUUCACUAAGACCAUCUAUUUCUCACUAGGUUCUUUCUAGUUUUACAAGCAAUAGUUCUAGCCUGCCUGAGGCCUUUGACACAGGGGUCCUCAUUAAACUGUCCAUUCGCAAGGCGCCAGGCAGUCAACAAUAGAAGUGUCCCCAACAUGUGAGUCCUUGAGAUGUGCUCUUGUUGCUUGGUUAUUUGGGGUGACAGGGAAUGACCUGGAGGCCACCACUGCUUCCCAUGCAGGAGUUACAGACACUGGUUUCUUGGAAAAUGGAGAGAAGCGCAUUUUGCACAGACCUCGUCAAUUAAGUCCCAAUUUGCCACUUGGUAUCAAGUACACUGGACCCUGAUGGCUGGCUCUUGGGCAAACGUCCUUUCUCGUGGGAUGCCACCGCCAAGUUGGCCUGGUUCCAACCUUCCCAUCCUGGAGGGAUGGCCAGGGAAAGAGAAAGCAGAGACCUGACGCCUUGGAAACCACAGAAUGUGUUAAACGCAGACUCGCUCAAGGGCAUAAGUUAUUGUGAACGUUUUUUUGCCAAUCACUGCUCAACAGCCCUGCUAGAUUUUGUAUGAUGCUGAUUAUUAUGCAGACCAAUUCCACCGAAUUGAGACACACCCAUGCUUGUUACACUAGUAUUUAUUGAAACUGUGGAUUCUUGCCCGUGCUGUCCCUUGUAUUUACUUUAAGCACUGAUCACUUAUCAUUCAUUCGGUAUGGUUUUCCCAGUUCCUUUUACAAGUUCUGGUAUGAAUUGUAAAAAUAACCUGCUACAAAUUGGUUGACUGUCUCUGUCUGGGGUGCAAACAGAGGACAGCCCUAGUUGUGGGCGGGCACCGCACCUGCCUAGCAGAGGAACAGGAGGGGAAAUCACCCAUUUGGGCUCUCAGAGCUAAGACACACUUAUUGAUUCUGUUGCACAUUUUGCACUGGUUUAUGGCGAUUGUUUUCUUGGACAGAUAGUGUAAAAUAAACUUCUCUGUUCUGUAUCCUUCCUCAAACAAAGCGCAUUCCUUUCUCCUCUGGAAUGUUGUCCCUUUUACCAGAAGGAGAACAUAUGGGAAGUAAAAUGAUUGCAAUCGCUGUGUGACCAGGGAUUUGCAUUUCUGCUGCUGCUGGUUUGGUAUAUUCUGGGUUUAGAAGACUGCUAUAUGUCUGUCAGAUUGCAAGAAUAAAGCGGCAAGUCAUGCAUCCUCUCUAACUCCUGAAGGAACUUUGGAUCUCUGGUCCUGUCAUCAAAUUCUAGAACUCCACCUGUCAUAGAAUCCAUGUGACAUGUUAGGAAUUCCUUCUUCAGAAUGAUAUGAGAAGAGAAUCAUCACAGUCCUGAUAUUAGUGUUUGGUUAUGGUCAAGUUCCCCAUCCUCUCUGACUUGUUAAGCUUUUAAUCAUGAAAAGUAAGGCAUCCUCCAAAGCAGAUUCCUUAAAAGAGAAAUUAAUACAUAGUUAUAAUAAGUCACUUUUUGUAGUAGGGAUUAAACCCAGGAGUGCUCUAGCACUGAGGUGCAACCCUGGCCCUUCUUUUAUUUAUUUAUUUAUUUAUUUUGAGAUAGGGUUUCACUAAGUAGCUGAGAGCCUUGCUAAAUUGCUGAUACUGGCCUCAAACUUGUGACCCUCCUGCCCUCAACUGUCCAAGCUGCUGGAAUUAUAAGUGUGCACAACUGUAUCCAGCUGAUACAAUUUUCUGAUCCUGCAAGACUCUCAAAAGAGUAGUCACCCAGAUCUAAAGUUAGUAAACAAGCCACAUUUUCACCUGAAAUAUAACACAAUUUAUUUGUAGGAAUCAGAAGAAAAAUAGCUACUAAUUCACAACACCAACUUUAUUCAACUGUUUAAAAAUGUAUUUUCCUGGGGGAGAAGUAAUAGUAGGUACUUUGCUUUGUUUUGGGUAUUUACAUCUUCGAAAGCUUUACUAUAAUAUUUGCAUAUUUUACAAAUACCCUAACUCAGGUAGUGUAAAAUAAACUUCUCUGUUCUGUAUCAAUACACUAAUCAAUGCUUACAAAGCAUUAGAUACUUUCAUGUUAAACAUUUUGCUAGACUACCUUAAGCAAAGACAUUUGAAAAGAAGCUUGAUGUCAAUCAAAAAAAAACACACACACACACAUAUUCUAUGAAAUUUUUAGAAAUUGCUGUUCAAUUCUCAAAGUGAAAAUUCUGGAAUGAGACACUUUCCUUCUUUUCAUCCGUAAGAAUUUCCUGUCUAGGAACUUUGAGUGUUUCCUUUCUGAAGUGAGAGCUUAGCUUAUAUCUAUCCAGAUCCUACCCAUGCACAAAAAUGCCUUGAAUUAUUGAUUGAGAACAUGGUUUUCAAGAAGCCCACUGUCCAGUGAUGCAGAAUUGAUGGUGUUAUAUUGUAUUCAUUGCUUCUGCUGGAAACUGAGAAAGGUUGAAAUGGGUUUAAGGAAAUAACCUUUUUCCAUGUCUCCAAUUUGGCAAUGUCCCUAAAGAAACCCCCUUUAGUGGGGGGUGAGGGUAUUAUAUUUUCCUACACCUUUUGCUGCAGAUAACAUUUAAAGUCAUAAAUUUGCAUUUUAGGGAUUUGGAGCUAGGUGUAUUCCAAACAGUAAAUUCGAAUUUAUUUUAAACACUCAAACAUCAAGGAAAAGCCUAAAGGUUUAAAGGGGGAUGAACAGUGAUAAUAUCAUAAAGUCCAGACAGUUUUCAGUUGUGCUAUAAAGUUGGAAUAACAUCCAGUUACAACUAUAGUCAAAUAUGGCCUUGGAACUUUACGUAAUUAUUCAUGCAAAUGUUCAGAUUGUUGGCAAAAAGUAAAGUGGGAAAUUGGUCAUAGUAAAGUUACUUCUCUCAAGAUUCAUCUUCCCCUUUUCAAAAUGGGAUAAUUAUCCCGUUAUUAUAGAAUACUUAUUCCAUGAUUCUGACCCAUUUCAGCCAACUAUUUUGAAAUAGAUGGGACAUUUCCAUGUUGGAUUUUGGGUAAGCCUCAUACUCAUUAAUGAGUCUUAUCUGGUGAUUUUGGCAGUGAUUGCUCCACAUAUAACACACACUAUUUAUCUGAUACCAAAACUGUAUGAAAACAGUCCAAUGGAUAUUCUAAAAUUUCCCAAAUCUGUCUGUUAUCAUACAACUGGAGGAAUGGAGUGGAUUCAACAAACAUUUUUCUAAUAAAUAAAAAGUUAUGCAUCCAUUGUUUCAUUACCCAGAGAUGUAGGUAAUUCUGAGGUGCUGAGAAUUAAGAGCUGAGGCUGUGAAAAGGAGAGAUCUGUAGUGAACAGAAGAUAAAUUGUGCCAUGCCCCAAAACUGAUCCCAUGUGGAACUUUUUGCUUAGUUUCAGCACAGAGGGAAGAGUAAUAAACUCCACCAACAUUUUUUACAUAAGCCACUGUUGCACUUGGGGUAUUUAUUUCUGUAAUAAAUUGCACCCAGUAGUCUCAUUAAUUUAAGAAGUUUUUACUAAACCUCUACUUAAUAAACAUUCUUGUCAAGUUGCAGAGAUUUUAGACAUAGUGAUU